UUUGAGGUUGAGAGAGACCGCAUGGUCAAAAAACAGGCUUUAUUCAUGAUUAAAGAACAUUUUACUCUUGGGGACUGGCAUAAAUGUAUCUAGGAAGCUUGCGUUUUUACAGUAGCACGACUGUUUUCUUAAACCAUCACGUGUGUUGCUUAGUUUAAUCACAUGCAGCUGUGUCACAAUGGGGAAGAAAUUAUAAUGUGGUUGGCUUUUAGCAACCACGAUAAGCAACAUUCAUCGUGUUCAUCUCAUGUUUAAGCGUGACUGCUUGGAGAACCUGUAUCAGCCCAUGGUGUCAUGGAUCCUCUGGGUGCUCGCUCCCAGUUUGUAGACAUUCAGACUCUCCCCACAUGGUGGCAGCUGGACGAGAUUGGAGAGGAGACAGCACAGGAUCAGACCGACAGCCUGCUCAGCCAGCAGGCCUUCCCCUCACCCUUCCCCUUCAGACCGGACAUCAACCGCAAGAUCAUCCUCUUCACUGGGGACGUCGCCCUGCUGACCUGCACCGCCAUCGUAAACACCACCAACGAGUCGCUAAAUGACAAGAACCCUGUGUCUGACAGUAUCCAUCAGCUCGCAGGGCCCGAACUACGAGAAGAACUGCUCAAACUCAAAGGAUGUCGAACAGGGGAGGCCAAACUGACCAAAGGCUUCAAUCUGGCGGCAAGGUUCAUCAUCCACACGGUGGGACCAAAGUACAAAGCCCGAUACAGGACGGCUGCUGAGAGCUCGCUGUACAGCUGUUAUAGGAAUAUCAUGCAGCUGGCCGUAGAGCAAUCAAUGGCGUCUGUUGGCUUCUGUGUGGUCACCAUGAUCAAAAGAGGUUACCCGCUGGAAGAUGCUAUGCACAUUGCUUUCAGAACAGUACGAAGGUUCCUGGAGAAUCAUGGAAACAGCAUUGAGACAGUGGUGUUUGCAGUGUCAAACACAGAGGAGCUGGUAUAUAAGAAGUUACUGCCUCUGUACUUCCCUCGCUCUGGGAAAGAGGAGAAGUCCUGCUUGCCUCUCAUCCCAGCUGACAUUGGCAACUCUGAGGGUGAACCCGUGGUCCCAGAGAGACAGAUCCGUAUUGCUGAGAAGCCAGGCACCCUGGAAGAUGAUUCUGAAGACGAGAGUCUAGAGUCAGAUCUGGGUCAAGUGGGGAAUCAUGCCUUCGCCCGGAUGGAGGGUGAUGUGGACAAACAGCGGAAACUGAUCCUGCAGGGCCAGAUGUCAGAGGUGGCCAUACAGAAACAGCACCAGAGGAACUAUAAUCGCUGGCUAUGUCGAGCGAGAGCAGAGGAUCUGUCAGACAUCGCUGCACUGAAAGCUUUGUAUCAAACUGGUGUGGAUAUGUGCGGCAGGACGGUGAUGGUUGUGGUUGGACGAAACAUCCCAGUGACCCAUAUUGACCUUGAAAAGGCCCUGCUGUACUUCAUCCAUGUGAUGGACCACAUCACAGUGAAGGAGUAUGUGCUGGUUUACUUCCACACACUGACUGGCGAGCACAACCACCUGGACUCCACCUUCCUGAAGAAUCUGUAUGACAUCGUCGAUGCCAAGUUUAAAAGGAAUUUAAAGGCGUUCUACUUCAUACAUCCUACAUUUCACUCUAAGGCCUCAACGUGGUUCUUCACAACCUUCAGUGUGUCGGGGCUGAAGGACAAGGUCCGCUACCUGGACAACCUGCGGCAGCUCUUCACCUGCAUCAGACCUGAGCAGAUCGACAUCCCUCCGUUUGUCCUGGAGUACGAUGCACGGGUGAAUGGACCCUACCGUCCCUCCCAGUCUUCUGGUCUGUAACAGGAGACCAAGCAGAUCUCUUUGCCAGGGUGAAGAGGUGAUGUCACAGUCUCUAACGGAAGCCAUUUGUGAACAACAUGUUGCCUGUGCGGUUUGAACUGCUAACUUCCUCCUUAAGGCUCUGAACCUCGGUGUCCAUCCCGACCCAAUAGGACACAGGCGCAGCCUGCGUUUAAGCAGCAUGUGGCCUGGUGAGCAGUCAUCAUCACUCACUACAGACUGUCUGUGGAAAUGGCAUGUUUCAGGGUUAUGCAUUAUACCAGGAGUUCUUAGUCAGCAGUUUUCUCAAACACCCCUAAAUAUGAAGGAUCACGUCAAUCCAGACAGUUGCUCACAGCCUUUUCCAUCGUGUGGUUAUGUCAUACACCCUCACCAGUCUCAGAGUAUUGCCCCCACUUUUUAAAUGCUGGACUCUGGAAGAUGAUGUCUGUCCGGACUUCUACCAUGCUGGAUUCUGUUUCACUCAUUCAGAAGUGUCCACCUGGUGUGUUGCCAUAGCAACCUCUGUGUUCUCCUGCUGUCACACUCGGUGAGUCCCUUGCAGGGAAGAAACUGUUUUCUUUGACAGACACAUUACUCCAUGUGCCACAGUUAAUGUCAGUCUGCGGUACGUUAUCUCCAUAGAACAUUAACUUUACAUUGCAAGAUUAUUACAUUUAGGAGCUUUGGGGAAUAGUUCUGGUAAAUAUGCUCAUUUGUUUUCUUGCAUUAGAGUUAGAUGGGAAAAUCAAUAUGCCUCAUUUUUACACUAAAGGAGAUGAUUAGCCUGGCUUAGCAUAAAGACUGGAGGCAAUGGGGAAACAGCUCAUUCCCCAUAAAACCACAACUUAUUUUUACUCUUUGGUUUUUGUGCAGAUUAUACAAACAAGAUAUGUGUUCAAGCUGCAGCUUUCAAGGUGCUUCUUACCUUAGAAAAGAGCCAGGGUAGCUGCAGCUUCAUAUUUAACAAACAGAGGCGGCAGGUAACAGGCAUGAUGCGGUAACCGUGGCAUUUCUCUCCUCAUCUAACUCGACAGGAGAGUAAAUGAGCAUGUUUCCCAAAAUGCCGACCUCUUCCUGUUCACACAAACUGUUUAUAAGGUUCUGGGCAAUGGAAAUGCACAUACUGUGAACUAUGUAAGACACCUGGUUAACAUGAUAUCAGAUCUGCAUCAAAUUGGUGUGUUUGAAAGGCAGCAGUUAGGUACACCUAGCUACAACUCAGUCUGAUCCAACAGUCCUGCAUUAAAUCCUCCUUCAUGAAGGCGAUAAUGUUCAGAGGUGUUGGAUCAACUGUGUGGUGAUUGUGGAGGCUGGAGCUGUUUUUGUUAGUUAGCCUUGGUGGACAAAAAAAAAAAAAGAAAAAAUAGAAAACAGCUCUUUGUUUAAUACAGUACAGCACAAACUUCAGCCUUCACAACGAUAUCACAGUCACCUUCACGCAGGAGGAUUUACUGCACAAUUUAUUGAAUUAGACUGCCUUAGUUUGAGGUAGGUGUACCUAAUAAACUGACAUCUGAUACUAGCAGCCGUUGUCACUAAGCCUGUUAAUAGUAGCAUCGAAACAUUUUUACCGUUGAUCAAUCACUGGAGUUGUUCAGAAACAUUUUGCCCUCAAAUGUGACGAUGUGCAGUUGAUUCUGUUUUGUUAUCAAUAAGAUAUUUUUGGAUUAUGGACAUAGAAAAAGGCAAAUUUAAGAUGGUACCCAGGGACUGAGAGCUUUUUCACUGUUUCUUUAAUCGUUGCAAGAAUAAAUGAAUUAAAAAAAAUGAA